AUGGGGAGGUUGUUUAUCACUUUGCUUGCCCCUUUGACGUAUCUGCAUUUCGGAGGGGCAACUUUGCUUGUUGUCAACCAGCCCCCACGUGCCACCAUCAGCAGAUCAGUGUCCACACAGCGGUUAGGACAGCCUUAUGUUAAUCAACCUUUUCGAAAUACGAACAAUGUGUUUGGCAUCAACUCCCAGACUCAACAAUGGCCACGAUCUGCACGGAGACGUGGUGACGUCACGUUCAAGCGAGAGAGGCCAACCCAUGCAUGGAUACCAGAGCCAAGCGGAAUGCUUACACAAUGGCCACAAGGUCAGAGGACGCAAUCAGAGUGGAUCCCAAUCGAAAGCAUUCCAAAGAGCAACAACCCAUCAGAGUGGAUUCAAAGGCGGAAUGUUCCACCACCAAAAUUAUUUAAACCGGAAGUGACGUCAACGAGAAAAGUAUCCAAUCGUAGACGUCCGAUAGAAAGCAAACCAUCGAAAACAAAACGCAGGAGAAAAUCUUCUACCAAGAAAAAGUGGAAACGAACGCUAUCGGAUGAAGAAACUUUAAAUCUGAUGGAGAAAUACGUUAACAAAAAACUAGCGCUAGAAGAAAGGAGGAUUAUGGAGAAUGAACAAACGAAAAAUGUUCACCUCAUAGGUGUUAAUGAGCAACAUACUUUUGAAGAACUGCCAACAACAAACACAACUGAAAGUAAACCCUUGGAUUUAGACAGUGUAUCAAACACUGAUUCGUUGAUUAACGAUAUAUUAGCGUCAGCUUUGCCUCAGGAAAGUUUUGAUAUUCUCGGCCUCGAUAGCUCAAUUGGUCAAUACAUAACUCAGGAUAAUACAACUAAAUCGGAAGUACAACCUGUCACAAGGCCAGAAGUACAACCUGUUACACGACCGGAAGUACAACCUGUCACACAACCAGAAGAACAACCUAUUUCACGACCCGAAGUACAACCUGUUGCGCGAGCGGAAGUACAACCUGUUACACGACCGGAAGUACAACCUUUUGUUCAACCGGAAGUACAACCUGUCACAAGGCCAGAAGUACAACCUGUUACACGACCGGAAGUACAACCUGUCACACAACCAGAAGAACAACCUAUUUCACGACCCGAAGUACAACCUGUUGCGCGAGCGGAAGUACAACCUGUUACACGACUGGAAGUACAACCUUUUGCUCAACCGGAAGUACAACCUGUUGUGCGACCGGAAGUACAGCCUGUUACACGACCGGAAGAUUUGACAAGGGUAGACAACCAAUCUAUAUCACAAAUACCUACGUAUUCGUUUGAGGGAGAAACUACUGAAACAUCCAAUCAUACUGUUGAAACAGAAUCUGUAACGAAAGCCAUAGAAGUAGACAUCUCUGCUCGACGAACACGUGACAAACCCAUGGCGCAUUCCUUAGAUAACAUUAAAGAAAUUACAAAGACUGAUAAAACGGGACAAAUGCCGUCUCCCGCACUGGCACAAGAUCUGCCGUUUGAAUCUGCCACAGAACGCCUUCCUGAGAGAGAAAGACGACCUCUUUAUGACAUUUUUGGAGGAGGAAGGCAACAACUAGAUUUAUUUAGCUCCGAUCCUCCUGUAGAUAGAAAUCAUCCCUUUUCCAACAGAUUUAAAUCCAACAGGUUUCAACAAUUUGAAGUGAGUGACAACCAAAUCAACACAAACAACGAUAUGUUUCACAGAGAAUCGUCUCCUCAUCAUUCAUCCAACCGUCCUACCACUAAAACAUCCGAGCAUCCACAAUAUGACCAAAGACACAUACAAACGUUUGACCAACCAGCAUAUCGUGAAAGACACACGGAUGCAAGGGAUCACCAGCCAUACGAAAUCCCACCCCAACAUCACGACAACAGUCUAGAUUCAUUUUCACGCCGAAGACCAAAACCACGUCAUCAGGAGUUACAUCAUAUAGAGAUUUCUAUACCAACAAACAACGGUUGGGAAACUCACUCUAGUUCUAUAUAUGGUAUAGAUCCAUCCGAAACAAGACAUGCACAUUACGAUCCGCCUCCUGUCGAAAACCAGGGUUUUGAACGCAGACGAAAACCUACAGGCUACUUUAGGCAAUCAUCAGGGACAAAAGUCUUCCUAUCACACCCCGCAAACAUUGACGCAGAAUUCUUGGUCCGAUCCAAGUGGAACGCAAGAUCGGCCAUAUGUUAAUGAAUUCGAUAAACACAACCCAGAUCCAUAUGCACCGGAUUACAUGAGACGAACCAGUCCCUCUCUUUCUCAUUUUGAGAAUCAAGAAGUAGUCAGAACAGGCCAGCAGCAUGACUUGAUGUCGAAUCAAGUUUCGAGAUAUCGAGAAGGGGAGGGUACGGUACCUGUAUCAACUACAGAGGACCCUCCAACGGAGCAUGUUGGAGAAUUCCGGUCCAACGGUCCCAAUCAAAUUGAUACGUCAAGUUCUUGGCCACAAAGCCAACCACACAGCCCUUCACAAGAAGCAUGGGGAAGUUAUCCAGAAAACCCACAGUCCACAAGUUGGGCCGGAACAGAAACGAAUAACAAUGGUUGGGAACGACGGGUCAACGACAGAACAAAUAGUUGGGAACGACGGGUCAACGACAGAACAAAUAGUUGGCAGCAAAGUGUUCCCACGCACACCGCAAUCUGGGCACGUCAUAGUACCGGAUAUGACGCACAGGGAGGGCGUAAUACGCAAAACGGAAUGUACGAAUACAACGAACAAAACGGGUAUGGUCAGGAAAACACGCAGUACGACAACAACGAAGCAAAUGGAUAUUCGCAAAAUGGAUACAAUGACUAUACAGGUCAUGAGGGUUAUAACAACGAGGCUCAGACAAUAGAUUACACCGAUGGUGAAGGAAAUGGAGGAAACGACGAUUCUGACGAGGAUGACAGAUGACAGAUUUAAUUUCUCUCUAUCCAUUUGUCCCAUAGUGUCUGUCUUAUUAAUAUUCCGUGGUCAUACAAAACAGAUUAUAUUCAUCAUCAUAACAGUCAACUUCAUCACAGAUAUCGCCACUAUCAAUAUGGAAGGCAUUGUCCCACACGAGUGAUUCCGAAAUGACAAAAGUACAAUAUAAAUAAAUAUAGGGACAUCGUCCCACUUGAGUGAUUCCGAAGAGACAAAAGUACUUUAUGACCUGGAUACUUUGACGAUCAUUUAAAAUCCCUUGUUUUUUGUUGAUUACCUUAAGGGCGUACAAUAUGUUACAUUUCUGUGUUUUCUGUAUAAAAGAGUUCCACAUCUAAUAUAUACAGUAGAUAUUGAUUUCAGUUUCAUCUAUACAUCAGCAGCUUGUUGAUCGAUACACAACUGUAAUUCCAUAAAGUUUCUGCAAACUAAGUUUUAAGAUUAAAAGUUUUAAAGGGGUGUGUAAGGUGUGAGUCUGACACUUAAUCAUAUCGUAAUGGUAACAAUUUACCGUGUAUUGACAGAGACCUAUAUACAUGUACUAGUAUAUAGGUCUCUGGUAUUGAUAAAGACAUAGUCAAAACGUACCAUUUCGAUCGCUCUAGAUAAAACAGAAGCUCCACGAAUUACACGGCCGCUACGAAUUACAUCAAUUUAUAACACGUGACUAUAAAACAGCAUUGUGGUUUUUUUUUAUAUUCAAAUCAAUAAUUGAUAGGAAAUGUCACGAUUGUGACAACAGAUUAAUUUCAGCUUUUGCUUAGAUUAUUUUAUUGAUUAUUAAUAAAUAAAAAAGAUAAUUAAUAUUUUUUUUAAUUUUCACAGCAAUAAAUCACACAUUUACAAUGAAUAAGUUAUAAUGAACCUCUAGGAGCUUACAGUAUUGUAAAUAUUCAUAUAAAUGUAUAACCAUAUAUUUAAUCAUAUGCACUCACCUUUAUCAAAGGGACAGAACUCUUGUCGUCUUGAUUGCUCUGUACGCUGAACUUGUAUAAAAUAGAAAUACCUCUCUUUAUCACGAUAAGUCCGAUGCUACGACGUCUACGUCAUACAUUAUCGAGGUAAAUAAAUAAAGACAUGAAGUUUUAAUUAUAUUAGCAGGUAUUCGCAUUUUUAUUUUAGAAAUUACGUGUACGAAUAUAUAUUUAACGGUCUGGCCGCUUAAUUUGAAAACAAAGUCAACAUAUGGCGGUGUAGAUUUCAACAAGACUUCCGUACCUGAGGCGGUCGUACAUGUACAGUAACACUAUCUCCGUAAAGCGUAUGGAUUCGAUUUUGCAUACAAACAUAAAAUCUAUGUAUAUUUACUUUUGAUAAUUAUCUGUCAAAUAUUGAUUAGUUUAAAUUAGUUUAAUUCAGUUUUAUUGAAGAUAAAAGCAAAUGGAUUGGAAAAAAAGUUAUACAAAUUACUUGGGUCCUUUCCGUUACAAAAUUUGUCAUGCCACAGAUUAUGUAUACUUAUAUUGUAUUUUAACGAAGACGAGGAUAAAUAUAGAAAGGAGCGGAGUAGAUAAGGAACACCAACGAAAAAGUAGAAUGUAAUGGUGUACAGGGUUUUGUACUUAUCGACGUAAGUAGACUGCUUUUCUAACACACAAAUUCUGUUUUAUGUUAUUAGUCACUGUGCUAAGUGUACCAGUCUUCAUAUUAACUCGAAAUCCUUCUUUGGUCUUAUUUCGAAUACAUAUCCUUAGCUUCCUUCACCGACAAGAUCAGUGAAACCAUUUACACUCAAUACGACAUGAAAUUUACUGAUAUAUUUCAUAAAAUAAAUAAUCGAUAAAUGAUACAUUUUACUGGUCCUUAAACAGCUGGUGUUGGAUGGAGGUGUUUAGCUUGAAAAGGAGGAGAGUGGCAGGAAGAGAAAGAAAGCAAAGAAUGAUAAUAGAAAUAUCAAUCUGAGCAAUUGAUAGGACAAGCUCAUAUUAAAUGUUAAAUCUGGAUGUCAUUGUACCAGUUAGAGAUUAAAGCAUUAUGCUUCGAGUUCGAUUUUUUUUACAGUGUAAUAGGAAAUGAGAGGAGUUUUCACAGUUGUGUUCGCAUUGCAGUUGGAGUUUUCUGAAAAAUGGGCUUUAUAAAGAUCAUUUUUCAUAGGAUCAUGACGAUCACGUAAUUAAAAUGUAUGACUUUU